AUGCAAACCGAACAAACAGAUAAGAAAAUCACCAAGAAAUGUUUCCGCCCGAAUCGGGAAAUGCGCUUGCGAGACUAUAAUCAUCUGGGAUACUCAAGAAGCACAUACACAUCCAAGAACCGCGAAAAGUCCGUCCUGAGCGCUGGCGGCUCAAUCUCGAAACGCAAGAUGAACGAAGACCCCGCGAAACUGCUCGAGCAGGCGACAAUACUUCUUCAGACCGGCCAGCCCGAUGCUGCGCUCUCACUUGCCCAGCAGGCGUUCGACAGUGCACCCGCCAAUUCCCCCGCGCGACUUUCUGCGCUCAAUGCACUCGCCGAGAUAUACGUCGAGUUGGGCGAGAUUGAGCUCGCGAGGAAGCACUUCUUACAGGCUGUUGAUCUAGACCCUACGGGCUCUAUACCCGAGGCUCAGGGUGGUGGCGCAGAGAAGUUCUUGUGGUUGGCUCAAUUGAGUGAGCUUGGAGGAAGGGACAGUGUUCAAUGGUUUGAAAAAGGUGUGGCAGCUCUCAGGAACAUCAUUCAGCAACUAGAGGCGAAUGGUGGCCCUGCGGAGGUCCUGCAGCUCGAGGAGAAGAAGCGGAAAAUGGGCAACGCGCUCUGUGGUGUCGCAGAGAUCUAUAUGACCGAUCUCUCGUGGGAGGAAGACGCAGAAGGUCGCUGCGAGGCCCUCAUCACAGAGGCUUUACUGGUUCAACCUAAUUCCCCCGAGGUACUACAAACCUUGGCGUCCAUCCGGAUUUCACAACUACGAGAAGACGAUGCGCGCGCAGCGCUUUCGAGAAGCAUAGACCUAUGGAAGGAAUUACCGCCGGAAGACCCCAACGUCCCAGACUUCGCGACACGCAUUAGUCUUUCUCGCCUCCUAAUGGAGGUUUCAAUGUUGCUCGAGGCGCUCGAGGUACUGGAGCGUUUGAUCCUGGAAGAUGAUCAAAGUGUGGAAGCAUGGUACCUUGGAGGAUGGUGCACCUAUCUUCUUGCUGAGAAAGGCGAGGCACCUAGAGACCCCGAGGGAGAGACAAACGAACCCGAGUCAAAGCGGCAUGCGUCGCUUGUUGCAAGUAGGGAGUGGCUCAAGCAGGGUCUGGCGCUGUACGACCUGCUCGAGUAUGAGGAUGUGAGGCUUAAGGAGCAUGCUCUAGAGCUGGUGCAAGAGAUAAAUAAGGAAAUAGGAGAGGCUAUCGAUGAUGAGAGCGGUGCUGAGGAUGGCGAAGGGGGUGAAGAGGAAUGGGAAGGGAUUGAGUCCGAUGGUGACCAUGAAAUGGCCGACUCCUAA